AGAAAAUUAUUGUUUUCCAAAGGAUUUUAAGUUUUUCUUUGUCUGUGUAAUGUACAUUUCUUAGCAGCUGGUUAAGAUUAAGGAUCUUAGAGAAGGUUUUUAGAUUGUUGGUUGCUGCAAAAUGGUGGGGGUUUUGAGCCAGUGACUGACAUUGUUUUCCAGCUAGCUUUUCCUCCAUUGUUUCGCGUAAACCAGAAGCAAAUUCCCAAAGAAAGAAAGAAAGAAAGAAAAGAAGGGAAAUAUUCCAUCUCUUUCCUCAAUUAAUGUCCUUUAUAUGUACGCAGAUCUAGUGGGCUGUUUUCAAAACCUGUGUACAAUCAUCAUUCACUCUUGUUCUUAGCUUCCCGUUUGGUCCUCCUCCGUUUUUGCUCUGUUUUUGUUUCGAAAUGGAUCGGCUUUCUUCAACAACUGUUCUUCCUGACACAUUCCAGGGGACGAGAGAUGAUUUCUCCAUGCAAAUGGCAUUGAUUUGGGGACAGAUCAAAGCGCCAUUGAUUGUACCAUUGUUGAGACUUUCGGUUAUCAUUUGUUUGAUCAUGUCCUUGAUGCUUUUCAUUGAGAGGGUUUAUAUGGGCAUAGUCAUUCUGUUGGUAAAACUCUUUGGUCGAAAACCAGAGAGAAGGUACAAAUGGGAACCAUUAAAAGAUGAUGUUGAGCUGGGAAACUCAGCUUAUCCCGUGGUUCUGGUUCAAAUCCCAAUGUACAAUGAAAGAGAGGUUUAUCAACUGUCCAUUGGAGCUGCAUGCGGCCUCUCUUGGCCUUCUGAUCGGAUCAUUAUUCAAAUCCUUGAUGAUUCAACUGACCCAACAAUUAAGGAUUUGGUGGAGUUAGAGUGCCAAAGAUGGGCAAGCAAAGGCAUCAACAUCAAGUAUGAAAUAAGAGACAAUAGAAAUGGCUACAAGGCAGGCGCUCUCAAAGAAGGCAUGAAACGCAGCUACGUCAAACAUUGUGAUUACGUAGUCAUUUUCGACGCUGAUUUCCAGCCUGAACCUGAUUUCCUUUGGCGUACCAUUCCUUUCCUUGUUCACAACCCUGAAUUAGCUUUGGUUCAAGCUCGUUGGAAAUUCGUGAAUGCUGAUGAGUGUUUGAUGACAAGAAUGCAAGAAAUGUCACUGGAUUACCAUUUCACUGUCGAACAAGAAGUGGGGUCUUCAACUUGUGCCUUCUUUGGCUUCAACGGAACGGCUGGUGUGUGGAGAAUUGCUGCUUUGAAUGAGGCAGGAGGAUGGAAAGAUAGAACCACAGUGGAGGAUAUGGAUUUGGCAGUCCGAGCUAGUCUGAAAGGCUGGAGAUUCCUUUACCUCGGAAGCCUAAAGGUGAAAAAUGAAUUGCCUAGUACCUUGAAGGCUUAUCGUUAUCAACAGCACCGAUGGUCUUGUGGUCCUGCUAACCUUUUCAGGAAAAUGGUGAUGGAGAUCAUUACAAACAAGAAAGUUUCCUCCUGGAAGAAGGUGCAUGUAAUCUACAGCUUCUUCGUGGUCAGAAAGCUUGUUGCCCACAUUGUUACAUUCAUCUUUUACUGCGUUGUGUUACCUGCAACUGUUCUUGUACCUGAAGUUGAGGUUCCAAAGUGGGGAGCAGUUUAUAUUCCUUCUAUCAUUACCAUUCUCAAUGCAGUUGGAACUCCAAGGUCACUUCAUUUAUUGGUUUUCUGGAUCCUCUUUGAAAAUGUCAUGUCAUUGCAUCGGACCAAGGCUACGUUCAUUGGCCUGUUAGAGGCUGGUAGAGUAAAUGAAUGGAUUGUCACUGAGAAACUAGGAGAUGCACUCAAGGCUAAAGCAGCCACAAAAGCACCCCGAAAACCUCGUUUCAGGUUUGGAGAAAGACUCCAUUUCUUAGAGCUUUUCAUCGGAGCUUACCUCUUCUUCUGUGGCUGCUACGAUGCUGUGUUUGGGAAAAACCACUACUUCAUAUAUCUUUAUGCCCAAGCAAUUGCCUUCUUCAUCAUGGGAUUUGGAUACGUUGGCACCAUUGUCCCCAACUCUUAGUGCAGCUCCUAAGGUAGUCGGUGUAAUUCUUAUUGGCUACUAACGCUCUCAGCAGGAUGUUCUAUACUUCAGCAACUGAAUAUGUGGCGAUUAUGGAAAAAUUUUCUUGCAAUUUUAGUUAUGUGUAAAAAGACAGGAAAUGACCGUUAUUCUUUAAGGUUGAGUAUAAGAAUUCGAGUGGAUAACUCGAAACAAGUUAGUUCUCUUUGUGAAUAUCAAUGAAAUUAAGGAAAAUACAGAACAAAUGUUGCAAUGGUAAUGCAUCAUACAGAGAAGCUAAGGAGCAAAUGAAGGCAGUUUCUCGGUUUAGACCCCAAUUUGAUACGGGGGAGAUGUUGGAGUGAAUUGUUUGCAAUUGUAUUUUUUUUUUUUCAUUUUUGUACUCUUUCUUUUCCUCCUCUUUCUCAUUCUGAUGUGGUUGGGAUUUGUUUGAGAAGGAAUAAAAUAAUGGGAAAAGAGUAAUUUUCACAGUUGAUUCUCCAUUCAUCCUUGACUCUGUCUCUCACUUUGUGUAAGCAUAAUCCAGAGAAACUGCUUCUGUAUAUGACCCCAUAUUAAUUGUGAACAUUUGGUUAUUUGAUAGAUAACAAA